UAAGACCGUGAGUAAUGCGGUUUGUUAGUGUAACAGCUUCAUUUUUGUCGUCGCCUGGACCGAGGAUGAGCUGACAUUUCCUCCUUUUUCAACUUGAUUGUUCGAUGUUGCAAAGAUUUUUUCAUGUUUGUGAUGAGCUCUCACACCUGUCCUUGCCCAAGAAGCCCUAUGUAGUUGUUCAAGAUGAGUCUGACAGCAUCGGCCCAGAACAUCCCCAAGAUCAUGGUCUUUCGACCAACCUUGGAGGAGAUGAAAGACUUCUCUGGCUAUAUCUCCUACAUGGAAUCCCAAGGUGCUCACAAAGCUGGUGUUGCCAAGGUGAUUCCACCAAAGGAGUUUGUGCCUCGGAAGAACUAUGAGGAUCUGGACUUGAUCAUUCCUGCGCCAAUCCAGCAAGAGGUCAUGGGUCAUCAAGGCCUAUACACCCAGUAUAACAUCCAGAAGAAGGCCAUGACCGUCAAGGAGUUUGCUAAGCUAGCCAACAGUGCAAAGUAUCAGACCCCACCACAUUUUGGCUACGAAGAUCUGGAAAGAAAGUACUGGAAGAACAUCACUUACAACCCUCCCAUCUACGGAGCCGACAUCUCUGGGUCUGUGUACGAUGAAGGGGUGGACGUCUGGAAUAUCAACAGCCUGAAUACAGUCCUGGAUAUCAUUGAGGAAGAGCAAGGUGUGAAAAUAGAAGGGGUGAACACUGCCUACCUGUACUUUGGAAUGUGGAAGACAACAUUUGCCUGGCACACUGAAGACUUGGACCUGUACAGCAUUAACUAUCUCCAUUAUGGUGCUCCAAAAUCUUGGUAUGCUAUCCCUCCUGAGCAUGGCAAACGCCUGGAGAGAUUAGCAACCGGUUUCUUUCCUGGCAACUUCAAGAUCUGUUCCAACUUCCUGAGGCACAAGAUGUCCAUCAUUGCCCCUCACAUCUUGAAGAAGUAUUCCAUACCCUUCAACAAGAUAACCCAAGAGCAAGGAGAGUUUAUGGUGACAUUCCCAUAUGGCUAUCACUCUGGAUUCAACCAUGGAUACAACUGUGCAGAAUCUACCAACUUUGCAUCUCUUAGGUGGAUCAACUAUGGCAAGAGAGCAAGCUGUUGCACUUGCCAGAAGGACUCUGUUAAGAUCAGUAUGGAGCCAUUUGUGAGGGUGUUCCAACCAGACCGCUAUGAAGCCUGGAAAGCAGGAAAGGACUCCCUCUACAUAGAAGAGGUGGAUAACCCCACGGGACAUGGCAGCAGUAUGAGGAAUAUGAAAGAACCCCCAAUGCUGCCAUUCACCCCAAAGAAUGAUGAACUACCCAGGAGACACCCAGUCCACAAGAAGGAUGGGAGGCGUACUAACUCUCCUAAUGCACUUCCCAAGAAGAAGAAAAAGAAAGUCAAAGAACCUGAUAUUACUGUGGAUGGAGUAACCCUCGCUGCUCUGAAGAAGAAGUACAAGAAGCUGAAGAAGAAAGCAGAAGCUGAUGCGAGGGCCAGUGGUAAGGAUACUGAUGGUACUGGUAGCAACCUGAAACUGAAAAAGAAGAAGAAGUUUAAAGAUAAAGAUGGUGUUUCAAAGAAGAGAAAAUCCAGCUCAAGUGGGGAUGGGGAGUCACCAACUAAGAAGAAAAAGAUGGAUGCCAAGAGCAAGCAUUCAAAUGAUGGCUCAAAGAAAAAGAAGAAAAAGGACCCAGUCGGACACCUGGUCAUUGUUUCUGAUGCUGAGAAGCUUAACAAGGAGCAUAGUAGUCCCAAGAAACCCAAAGACAUUGCCAAACUUCCCAAGGAAAACCAACCUAGAGGCAAGCCAAAGACAGCGGCCAUGGAAGGCAGCGGUGAUGCGCCUGCACCAAGGUCAUCAACUAAUGGAUCAGAUGUCAAGCCCAAGGUAGAGGAUGGUGUGUCAGAAGGGGAGGAGGAGGUCAACAAAGAAGUGGAAAGUGCUGUGGCCAGUAGGUGGGUCAUGUUUGACCAUCGGUACUCAUCGGUCAAGUCACCAUCGCAGGUCGUCCCCAAGAACACAUACAAGCACAAGCACCAACCCAGACCUUCAAGGGAAGAGGAAGGACGGAGGCAGAUGGUGCGAAUGAGAAAAGGCAAAGACCGAUGCCCAUCACCCCCUCGUUCAGCAGUGGCCAUGUUGGAAUAUAGGCGGGCUCUGGCUAUGCCUAAGCCAGGCGGCUUACCUGAAGUGCUACCUCAAGCUCUGGUUCACACUCAUUCUGCCUUUACAAUCAAAGAAUCCAGAGCAAUGAAGGACUGGGCACGUUCCCUCAAUGGUCUUUGGGUUACUCAGCCUACUAACUUCAUGAUGGAGAAGGUUCAUAAUGCUUCCAUGGCUGAUCAGAAGCCAGGAUGCUGUGUUUGUCGGAUCUUCUAUCAUGACAAGCUUGGUAUCUACGAUGAAGAUGACUCGGGCAAAACCGUGCUGGUUGGGUCCUCACAGGACUAUAGGAAGUUUGUUCUUACACCAGAAGACUGCUUUGCUGCUACUCAGGAGAACUCCAACCCAUCGUGUCAUAACUCUCUCAUCGAUGCUGAGGCUUGUAGCCCCAUACUCACAUGUAGUUCUUGCAAUAUGGCUGUCCAUGCGAGUUGUUAUGGACAAGCUCCAAUAGAAGAUGAUUCACCAUGGGUCUGUGAGAGGUGUCAAGAAGAAGACUGGUCAGCAGUCUGUUGUCUGUGCAACCUUCGGGGCGGUGCACUGAGACAUACCACUACCGGGAAAUGGGCCCACAUCAUGUGUGCUAUGGCUAUCCCAGAGGUGCGCUUUGUCAACGUAGAGGAGAGGAGUCCCAUUGAUUGCUCGAACAUCUCGGAAGCAAGGUUAAAACUGAAAUGCUUCUUCUGCCGAUCGUUCAUCAAGUACAGCCCUAAGUUUGGAUCCUGUAUCCAGUGCUCUGUGGGCAAGUGUGCCAUAUCAUUCCAUGUAACGUGUGCCAACGCAGCGGGGGUGAUCAUGGAGCCGGGGGUCUGGCCAUGUGCAGUCUUUGCCACCUGUAUUAGACAUCCUGUCAACGUCAAAGAUUGGACGAGGAUUCGUAAGAUGAAAGAGAUCCAUGCAGGAGACCAAGUAAUUGCCAAGCACAAAAACAAUCGCUACUACAAAUCAGUGGUGAAAGGGGAGAAGGCUCAGCUGUUCUGUCAUGUGGAGUUCAAGGAAGACCAAAGCUUCUGUGAUAAUCUCUACCCUGAAGACAUUGAGAGUCACAACAUAGCCACUGACGGAGUACCUGAGGUCGGAAGCGACGUUGAAGUGCGCUGGGUAGAUGGGCUCCUCUACCCUGGAACCUUCAUUAACAGCUACUCUACUAAGAUGUAUGAGGUCCUCUUUGAAGAUGGGUCUGUUAUCACCGUCAAAAAGGAAGAUAUCUACAAGGACGGCGAACCCAUGCCCAAGAGAGUUCGGUCUAGACUGUCUGAAGCUACAGAAGUGCGGUAUAUUGGAUUCAGUGAUCUUGCUGUACUUUCCAACCAAUACAAGGCAAUCAAGACGGAUGGUGACGAAAGAUUGGCAGCAGGGAUUUCAGCCACAGGAGCAUCGACAGGAUCAGGCACAGGAUCAACCUUGGGUGUAUCUUCUAAAAAUACCCCUGUCACUUCAGGAAAUCAGGAAAGGACUGAUCGCACCCCUGAAAAGGGAUCAGUAACUCACAAUGCAUCCUCGUGGAACACUAUGUUUGGCCCGUCGACGAGCUGCGAUGUCCCAGACAGGAAGGAAUCGACGGACAGUGUGAAUUCGGGUAUCGUAGAGAUUAAAGAUGAACCAGACUCUGUUUCUGUCACGACACUUUCAUUGCCGUUCGAUGAUAGCAGUAUUGCGAAUCCCACGUUGCAAGGUGGUGUUUUAAUCGCUCCGGGUGUGACAAUAAAGACUGAAUCAGACUCUCAAGCAAUACAAGGGUCUAGCAGUGAAGGCCAAGUCUUCUUCCCUAAUGAUGCAUCGCUGAAAAUUGAUACAGUGUCAUUCAGACCAGGAGAAACGCCGCAGAAUGGACAAUUCUUUUCGCAGUGAUUUCUGAAAUAGCCAUGUACAGGUUGUAUAGUCAAGGCAAGUUGUUGAAUAGCCACAGGAUUGUUUUUACCCUUUUUUUGGAUGCUAGUUGCAGGGAUUCAUGCAUCCUGGCAGUGGACAUAGAUCGAACUUAUUGGUGAAGCCAGCAUCCAAGGAAAAAUAUAUAUAAUGCAGAGGUGUAAAUGUACAGACGUAUUGUUCCAUAAACGAAAUCUACAUCAUAUGAGUAUACAUUCAGCAGACAGAAAAGUGAAAAUUAAACUCGACUUGGAAUUUCGCAGGAACUGAAUGUCUUCUAGACCUUCAAUUUCAAAUGCAUGCUAGGUUUUCACAUGCAAUAUAUAACUUUGGUGCAUGAACACUUCAAUGCAUCUGUCCUAUUAUCAUUUGAGACCAUUGUGCACUUUUCAUUUUGUAACUACAGAUACAUGUUAGACCCACCAUUCAAAUACGAAAAAGGCCAUUUAUAUCUUUGUGUGUCUUCCGAGGUGUAGAAUUUUGUAAAUUUUACAGUAAUUCUUUUCUGAUUUACUUUAAAGUAAUAUUUCUACCAGUGCCAUCAAAUAUAAAGUCUCAAAAUUUAAUGGCGAUUUAGCAUGUAUCAGGUACUCUUAGUGUUAUUUUGUAAACUGGUUUGUUUACUGGAAUACAGAGUAGAUUGGCUUUAGGGCUUGCACAAUUGAAAAUUUUGGUAAAGAUUAUUGCCAACUGUCAAAAACACAGUAUGGCAUAAUAUGAUCCCUGAUGAUCGAAUGUCAAACGUUGUCAAGUAAAAGUGACUAAAUAUUCUCUCUAUGCACUGAAAUUUUAAUGCAGUAAUGUUCUGAUAUUAUUGCCAUUUCGUGCAGCCGUAUUUGCU